AACGCAGCCGAAUUUCGUGCAUCGUGUCCAGAGUAACUUUUCGCUGUAUUGUGUAAGUCUCUCCGUGCCUUCUCUCUCUCGCCUCUCGGUAUUCUACGCGGUCAGCUGUCCUUGCGUGUACGAGCGACCACCUCGAGGAAGAAGCCUUAGCCUCCGUAGACGGGUAAAGAUGGCAGCCACCAUGUGCUUGAGGAGUGUUCCGUCUCUGAGUUACAAGGCUCUGAGCAGGCCCUCGACCUCGACGUCCUCAGGGGCUAGCAGGAGGGCGUUCGUUCGCUGCGACGCAGGAUCGAACGGGAAGAACCCGCUGGGAGGGUUGAAGGAGUCAGUGGACAGGGCUACGAAGACUCCAAUCACCAAGGAAGACAUUCUUCAGAAUCAGGAGCAGAAUCAGUCUGAAAAGCAGUCAGUGUUCGGGGCCGUCCCUAACUCUGGCUCUUUCUACCCUCGCCCGGAGAUCGAGAGACGCCCCGAGACGGGCUCUAAGUCGUUUGGGAGCGUGUUCGCCUUCGACGGAGCUGCCCCUGAGACCAUCAAUGGUCGACUGGCUAUGAUGGGCUUUGUGUGGGCUCUCUGUGCCGAGAAACUUACGGGUUUGACCGUGAUGGAGCAAAUCUUCAAUCCGGCCACCUCCGGCCUCGUCUUCUUCGUCGCUGCUGUGCAGCUCUUCACCUAUGCCUCCAUGGUGCCCAUUAUGAAUGGUGAAUCUACGGAUGCCAGGAGCUGGGGUCCAUUCAAUGCUCGGGCUGAACGUUGGAAUGGGCGUCUCGCCAUGAUCGGCUUCGCCGCUUUGUUGAUUGACGAGAUGAUUCGCCAGGGACCUCUAAUCCAUUAAGUGCAACCGAGGCCUUCGACGGUCGUACCUCACAUGCUUCGGAAAUUAUAUGGCGGUUCUCGCUCGAUUCUCACUCUUGGUGGUGUAGCGGUGAUGUAUAGGUAUCACGAUGUGCGACGGGAUGUCCGAGUAUCUUUGAAGAAAUUCUUUGGGAGAGGCGUCAUUAGUGUAUUCAUAGUCAGUUUCAGAACAGAAUCUGUGAGAUAUCGUAGCUUAUUUCAGCUUGGAUUCUUAGGAGUUUAUGGUUCCUCCUUGUACAUCUUGUAAUGUGAAAUUUGACGACCAAACACUCGAAUAAAUUUUAUCAUCUAUCACUGAU